GUCAGAGCUGCAAAGACUUUCUAGCCAUUCACAGGGACUAUCAAGCUUUGAUUCAAACAUACCGAGAAGAAGUGACUUCAUUAAAAGAAUAGUAAUAUUAUCAUGUUUCUCGUCUCUCUCUUUUCUUAGGUCUAUAGAAGAUCCAUCAGCAAAGUACCUCUAUAUUCAGAUGGAGUUAUGCCAAACAAAAACACUCACAAAGUGGAUCAAAGAGAAGAACACUCAGUCUCUGCAAGACUCCAAGAGAAGACAAGAAAGUGUAACCAUUGCUCAGCAAAUAGUCAGUGGAGUCGAAUAUAUUCACUGCAAGGGACACUUCCACAGAGACCUUAAGCCUGACAACAUCCUCUUUGGAGUGGAUGGAGAAGUGAAGAUCGGGGACUUUGGUCUGGUCACCAGAGAUGAUGAUGAUGAUGAUGAUGAUGACUUUGCUUUAAUUGAGAGAACACGACACAGAGGAACAUCGACUUACAUGGCUCCUGAGCAAAUAACGGGAAAGACCUAUGACCGAAAGGUGGACAUAUUUGCUCUGGGGUUGAUAUACUUUGAACUCCUUUGGAAACUCUCUACUGGCCACGAAAGAGGAGUGGCCUAUUCAAGGUAG